AUGUGGACAGGAAACAUACCACAAAUACUUGCUUGUGAAAUAAUACAAUAUCAUGCCAAAAUAUUUCUAUUUGAUAAUAGUCAAACUGGACAGUUUAAAGAUGAUCCUUUUGUUAAUUCAGCAAGUGUUGAGCAUUUGUUUAGUGAUAGGUUUAUUCAUUCAAAGCAUCGAGUUCGGCUUAAUGAAAAAAAAGUUAUGAAAGUAGCACAGCUUCGGGCUAACCAACAAAAAGAACGUAUACAAAAGUUAGAUAUAAAAAAGCUUAAAAGCCAACAAGUUCAUAAUAAUAAGCAAAAAGGUAAUUUAUAUUCUAACAACAAUGUAAAUACGAAUAGCAAAGCAUCAGUUAAUAUGAAUAGUGAAGCAUCAGUUAAUAUGAAUAGCGAA